GUAGCAGUGUAGGGCUCGCCUGUUACUUGGUGGAUGGGUGGAGGGAUGAAAGCUGCUCUGCCCGCUGCUCCAGCGCCGACUGUCCUCUGUCCCUGUGCCCAAACAGCGCUACCUCCACCGCCGCAGCCACACAAGCCAGAGAAAGCUGUGAGGAGCUGCUUGCACACGCACACGCGCGCCGCUCCGGAGACACCACUGUUAUGAUAAGAAGGGAAUAGUGUGGGAUCGCGGACAGGAACGAUCCCUUACUGGACCUCUGAGUGCGUCCGCCCGCCUGCAUCUUGCCUGCUGCCGUCAGGACGGAGAGUCAACAGUUGUUCGUGGGUCCUGUAUGCAUGUGGACGCGCACAUCCCUGCCAUGUGGACACUACUGCGGUCCUGCUGUUGCUGGAUUUUACCUCUCGUGUUUGCAGCCUUCGUGCUCCGUGGGGCCUACAGUCAUCCCGCGUUGACAGGAAGCCAAGCUGAGUCAGAAAGCCCAAUCCAAGGUUUGCAAAGAACUGGUGGGAUACGACUUCGAAGAGCCCCCCCUGAAGAGACUUACUGGGCAUACUCAGGAAUGUAUGGGCCAGAUGAGGGCUGGGCAUCUGCCUACCCAGAAUGUAGAGAGAGAAACCAGUCACCAAUCAAUAUUGUGGAUAGGGAUACCAAAGUAUCCAGAGAAUAUCAGGAGUUGGCACUGGAGGGUUUUGACAUAGAAUCUUCAAAUAAGACAUCUAUGAAGAACACUGGCAAAACAGUCGCCAUCAUGUUGAAAGAUCAUUACUUUGUUCGGGGAGCAGGUCUACCAGGGAGGUUUAAGGCAGAAAAAGUAGAGUUUCAUUGGGGCACAAGCAAUGGAUCCGAGGGCUCUGAACACAGUAUCAAUGGCCGACAUUAUCCUGUGGAGAUGCAGAUCUACAUGUAUAACUCAGAUGACUUUGAAAGUCUCAGUGCAGCACUCAGAGAGAAGAGAAUCAUUGCAGCCAUGGCUGUUUUUUUUCAGGUGGGAGGAAGGGACAAUCCUGCCGUUGACCCCAUAAUCCAUGGCCUAAAGGGUGUGGUCCAUCAUGAAAAGGAGACCUUUCUGGAGCCAUUUGUGCUGAAGGACCUGCUGCCAUCCUCACUGGGAAGUUACUAUCGUUACACUGGCUCAUUGACCACUCCACCCUGCAGUAAGGUGGUAGAGUGGAUCAUUUUCAGCAGCCCUGUCUACUUCUCUUACAAACAGGAGUCAGGGCAGAGGAGCACAGAGAGUGAGAGGGGAGAGACCUCUACUGGAGAGUUGGAGGCUUUCUACUCCAUCUUCACCACAGAGCAACAAGACCAUGUUAAGUCGGUGGAGUAUCUGCGCAGCAACUUCAGGCCCAUACAGAGCUUAGAUAACCGACACGUCUUCAAGUCUGCAGUAAAAGAUGCCUGGUUGCCUGAUCUAAAUGACAGCGGCAGCAACCCGUACGCCACGGAGGCUUCCAAAGUCUGCAGUAGUGCUCCCAUAAACAUGAAGGUGCAGCAUGUCAAUGGCAGUGCUUUGGUGGUGCGUUGGGCUCAUCCGGAGGUCACCUACCACUCACCCAUCCAGCAUUUCCUGGUAUCUUACAGCUGGACGGCCCAUGAUGAUAGCUACGAGGAGACCCACCUAACGGAUGCCAAACACAAACUGGAGGCCAUCAUUUCUCCUGUCUCCCCCGAUGUACUCUACCUCUUUCGAGUCCAGGCUGUCUGCACGAAUGACAUGCGCAGUGACUUCAGCCAGAGUAUGCUUUUUAGAGCGAACACUACCAGGAUCUUUGAGGGGACGAGGAUUGUAAAAACUGGAAUGCCAACAGUGUCUUCAGCCUCCUCGGCUGAUAUGGCUCCCAUUUCCUCUGGCUCAUCAACUUGGACUUCAUCUGGUAUCCCCUUCUCGUUUGUCUCUAUGGCAACAGGCAUUGGUCCAUCCUCCAGUGGUAGUCAAGCAACUGUGGCAUCUGUGGUGACCAGCACUUUACUGGCUGGCCUGGGCUUCAGUGGUGGUGUCAUUUCCUCUUUCCCCAGCUACAUUUGGCCAAGCAGAGCACCCAACCACAAUCCCACCUCCCACCACCAGGCUACCAAAGACAUGCCUGCUGUCGUCAGUGCAGCAGUUAAGGACAAUAAUGAAGCUGGGAGUGAAGACAGAGAAAACUGCAAAGGUCAAGGAGAGGACCGAGAGACGGAAGGCAAGGAUGCGGAUGAUGAGAAGGAAGAAGAAGAGAAAAAAGACAAGGAGAGGAAAAGAUCGGGAGGUUUAAGAAAGGCAAGGAGGAAGGAUAGCAACAUAGCAGCAAAGCAUUUUUUUGGUAAGAUGCCUUACUCUGCUGCACAGGAGAAGGAACAGACUGAAAAAGAGCCUACUAAACCACUGACUGUUAGAAAAGACCAACUAAAAGCAAAUACUUACAAUCCACUUCACUCUUACCCAAUUCCUACCACAGAAUCAGCCAAUGAAAUGGCAACAGUCCCCACCCACAAGGACCAGUCAGUGACACUUAGGCACCGCAUAAUGAGGGAUGAAAAGCACAGGCCUUUCUCCUACCACACUGGACCAGUACCAGUUCCUAUACAGGACUAUCCUUAGGCCCAUCAGUGUCAAGGUGAAUCAUUUUGGUCUUCUGGCCAGAGAUGUUAAUAAGACAAUACUAACUAUGGGAGACAGGUCAGAGAGUAUGAGCUGUUGGUCUGAAACAGGCUGUUCAGAACAAGGAGCUCUGCUGAACAUGUCCCGUGGAUCCAAAAAACCUGUGUUGUUCCUGAGCCCAUAAAAGAAGCACCUAUCUUUGAAAAACGUCAAGGACCUAUCAUGGACAGGACUUUCCAAUGCCUUUUUCGUCAGACUCUUGGUUAAAAUCAAAAACCUGAUUACUUUUUUACACGGAUAUAAAGUUUUGAUAUUUAUUUUUUUUCACCAAUUUAUGUCUUAUUGUUCUCCUACUGAAGGGUUUACACCUGUUUUUAAGUUUCACGACAGUGUCAGUGGGCAGCGAGAAACACUUUUUGUCUUUUCUUUUUUGCAAUAUUCAGUGUCAGUGUUACUGCCUACAUAUACUAAAGCCGACUCACUUGGAAUUUCCUCAUUCAAACUGGGACUUUUUUUGGUGACAUUUCAGGGCUUGGACAUGUUAAGCCAAAUGCUUCUGUGAAGGACAUCACAAGUUUUCUGUCUCUAUAACAAGAUGUCUGACUUCUGCUCAGCAUGACCUCCUUCACCGUGCUCACACAUCAUGUUACUAUUCAUUAAUCACAAGAUUAAUGAAACAAAGCUCAUGGAAGGAUACCUACAAAUAAGUAUUUAUUUAAACUGAUUUAUUUAUUGUUUCCAUUGUUUUGUUGUUACACCAUUAUUCACAUCCAAAUUAGGAUACCUAUGUGGUGUAACCACUGCUACUGUGAACUUUUAUGGUUAAUUCUUUGUAUAAUUCAUAAUAUGAUUUUUUUAAUAUAUGGGAGUACUGUAUGUAUACAUAUAUAAAUAUAUCCCUAUGAUAAUUACUUUGUGAUUUUUGUACAUGUCCUUUGUGGCCUCCUGAAUCAGACUGAUUUCCAUCCUGUCCUAUAGAUUACUAUUCUGCUACUCACAGCUGAUUCAGCCAACUGGAAGUGGACUCCUUCAGUCCCCUACAUUUUUGUAUGCUGCUAUGUCAUCUGAACUCUCUCUCUCUCUUACACACACACACACACACACACACACACACAAAUACUGACCACAACCACGUGAUAUUCCUCUGAAAGGAUUUUUGUCUUCAUCCUGACAGCCAAGCAUCAGUUAAGAACACAAACACCUGUAGAACAGGUAGCGCACAUGUACACCUGAAGUAGUUUGAAGCAGAAUGAUCUGCAGUUCAUUCUGCCCGUUCUCAUUCCCAAUGCGUAACAUACCGAUGAUUUGUCACGUCCCGACGCGUCUCAUAGUAACGCAAAACGUCACCUUCUGCAUCUCUAUGAUGCGCAACGGAUUGUUGAUGGAAUUCAAUGAAAUGACGCUCCCGGCGGUAACACGUUCCAGCCGUGUAUUCCAGCUCCAAACCUAAUCUUAACCCUAACCUUAAUCGUAUUAGAUUAGAUUCAUGAUGAGAAAGUAAAAUAAAUGUACAUGUCUAGAUUCAUUCCAAACGGUUCUCAUGUUUCAGAAAGUGCAACAAAUUGACAACUUGUCACAUAGUGUCGGUACGUUACGUUUUGGGAUGAGAACGUGUUGGUUCUCUCUGCAGUGGGCUCAAUAACAGAUCUAUGCAAUAGGUUCACUGAUCCAAAACAGGCUUUUCAACAGUAUGUAAAGUCUACACAGGCUUUAAUACUCAAUGCUCUUCUUUAUCUAUAUGUUACUUUCUUUAUGAAAAAAAGAACUGCUGCUUUACGUACCUUUUACCUUUUAGGUGCUUAACAUAUUUAAUACUAUACUACAUAUUUAAAACUAAACAUCCUCAUAUAGUCACCAUAUCUACAUUUGUUUUUUGGAAACCUGAAAGCGGCGCCUUUACUAAGACACAUUUCACAUUCUAACAUUUCCUAAAUACAAUGCGGUUUUGACCUUGUGUUCUUAUCUUUAUUCUCCAUAACAACAAUCAUACAUUGGAACAGUUAUGGCUAAUGAGAGCUGUGUUGUCCAUAAAGGCCACCAAUUUUAAGCUGUUUCAAAAAAAAAAAAAAUCAGAACAGAGGGCAAAACAAAACUGAUGUGAGUUCUAAUUUUAGCUUGUCAGAUUUAGCGACACUAAAAGUUCAAUGUCCUGAUAUUUGACUAAGAUUUUGUUUAUUUGUUUGAGAUUUUUUGUUUUUCAAAAUCUGGUAUAACAAAUUCAAAAGAAAAUCAAGAAAAGAAGUUCUUCUUAAACCUCACACCACCAGAUCACAUAACAUAUUACAUUUAUUUAUUCAGUAUUUUCUUAAAAUGAGCUAAAGACAUACAUUUUGUACAUCUGUGUGUGCACCUAUCAAGCACUCAUGUACGCAGAUUAAUGAAUAGAUAACCUGACCAUAAGUGUUGUUAACCAUGGAUGAUUUGUACAACUAAAGAUGUUUGUGUGUGUGUGUGUGUGUGUGUGUGUGUGUACAAUAAAAGAUUGUAGCUGUGCCAGAAGACGGACAAUGCAGGGCCUUAUCACUCAUGUUCAUUUUCUUUUAGCAGCAGCUUAAAUGUGUUCAAAGUAAACACUCUGUGUUUAGCAAAUUUAGUCAAGUUUAAAAAUAAACAAACACCAGUGUAAAAAUGAAUUGUAAACUUAACCUCCAACUUUGACUUUCUUCUCUUUUCUUGUUGACAUAUUGAUUCAGGCUUUCUAACCUGUCUGGCUUUCACUACAAAAAUUACAAUAUUCAAUAUAACAGAGAACAAAAAAGAAUCCGCACACAUCUCAUCAUCUCAUCUCAGUGGAUGCAGAGCUGAAACACCGGAACGAAAAUGAAUUAAAUGUUCACAAACUGCAGAACUCUGAAUUUCGUAUUCAUUGUAUUUAGAUGAUGUUCAAAGCGCACCUGCUCUUCAUCAGACAGUGAAACGCUAAGCAGUACCAUCUUAAAUUGCCUGUGAACAGUCACAUGACCCACAACAUCCAAUCAAGAAUGAGAUCAUAUCUAGGACAAACAACUGAUAAAUGAAAAGAUUUUAAAUCUUACAUAUUGUCUAGAAACACAAAAAUGGGAAAAAAAAUGCCUAAACAAAGGCACCACAAACCACACACACACAAACACAAAAAUAAUAUGCCAUGUAGUGUGUAACAGUGAAGAUGGAUGCAGAUACUGGCACCUGCUCCUCUAUUAAACACGAUGUGUCAAAAAUAAUAAAACUAUACAGACAAUGAACAAUAUUAAAAGUCUUUAAAAGAUCUUAGAGUGCCAUCAGGUGUCUCCAUCAUCAGAUGUAAGAAAGAUGCAGUAAAUAUACUAUGACCCUAAACUAACAAUACAUAAAUCCAUAAGAAAUACACAGAAAAGCUGAUCUUAUAUUACACUGAAAUACAAGGAGUCAUAGAAAAGGGUGAAUGUCCACUUCUUCUUUUCAGGGCUUAAAGAGUAAAAAAUCCAAAAGUUCACGCUGUAAUAGUAGCAUUGAUGUCCUGUCCUCAUGUUGGGAGCUGUACAUGCUCAGUCCCAAUAUAACUACAAUAUAACUACACUCACAUACUGAAAGUGGUUCAAUUCGGUUCAAUUCAAUUUAUAUAGCUCUAUAUCAUGACAACAAUCGCCUCAAGACUCUUAAUCUCAUAAGGUAAAGAGCCAUUAAGACUGUUAUUAAAAAUGUACAAACAAAAUAACAAAAAAACAGAGCAGAGGUAAUAUUCCAUGAACAAAACAAAAUUCAGUUUAACCUGGUAAAUUAUAAUAAUUAAAAUAAAACUUGAAUAUAGUCAUGCAUGAUUCAUUAAGACCAAGUAAUAAUGUAGGGCUCUAACUUUAUCUGAUUUAGGCAUACUCCUUGACAUUUGGCAUAUUUGGCUGCAUCCUGGAUCCCUGUUCAAGAUCUGUGCUUGCAGACAGAAGUUCUUUUAGUUUUAUCCUCUGACUGAGGCCUUCUAGAACUAGCUUUAUAGUGGUUUUGUGGCCUAUAAGCAAAGAGCAGGCUCAGUUUUCCUGCUCUGGCUACAGUGCCCCCCCCCCGCCCCUCUGUGUCUCUGUCUCUCUCACACACACACUUAUACUUUUCUUUAACAUGAGGAUGUUUUUUGAUGAUAUCCUGUACCUCUUAGAAAUAAACUCUUGUGAUUUUGCUUUCUGAAUGAAUAUGUGGAACUGUUUUUUCACACUGUGCAAAACAGAUGACAUGUUGAAUGAUGAAACAAUAAGAGGAACACAUGUACUUUUGUUUAAACAAAGACUCCUUCCCAUGCAGAAACCUGUGUUCUGUUCUCUUGCUGACCCUUCCUAGUAUG